UUGGUAACAUUUGGGGUUUUAAUGGGGGUGGGACAUGCCCAGCUCCGCUUCCUUUUCUUUCCAUUCAGCUGUGUUCUCUGUGCCGUAGAUUCUGGCUGCGACUCAGUCACUGACACCGAGACUGAGGACGAGAAGGUCCUUCCCUACUCAAAGCAGCAGAGCCUGCCGCCGCCGGAGACUCCGCCUGGGAACCUGAUGGUGGUGCAGCCGGAGCGCAUCCGCUGUGGGGCAGAAACCACUGUCUAUGUCAUCGUGAGAUGUAAGUUGGAUGAGAAGGUGACAACAGAAGCCGAAUUUUCUCGUGAGGAUUCUCCCUCAAUAAGGGUGGAAGCCAAGCUGGAGAAUGAGUACACUGUUUCCGUGAAAGCUCCCAACCUUUCAUCUGGGAAUGCUUCUCUGAAGAUAUAUUCCGGGGACUUAGUGGUAUGUGACACCAUUAUCAGCUAUUAUACUGACAUGGAGGAAAUUGGGAAUUUAUUGUCCAAUGCUGCAAAUCCUGUGGAGUUCAUGUGUCAGGCCUUCAAAAUUGUGCCCUACAACACGGAGACCCUUGAUAAACUGCUAACAGAGUCCCUGAAGAACAACAUUCCUGCGAGUGGGCUGCACCUCUUUGGAAUCAACCAGCUGGAAGAAGAAGACAUGAUGACAAAUCAAAGGGAUGAAGAGCUGCCCACUUUGUUGCACUUUGCUGCCAAGUACGGACUAAAGAACCUCACUGCCUUGUUGCUCACCUGCCCGGGAGCCCUACAGGCCUACAGUGUCGCCAACAAGCACGGCCACUAUCCUAACACCAUCGCCGAGAAGCACGGCUUCCGGGACCUGCGGCAGUUCAUCGACGAGUAUGUGGAAACUGUGGACAUGCUGAAGAGUCACAUUAAAGAAGAGCUGAUGCAAGGGGAGGAGGCUGACUCUGUAUAUGAGUCCAUGGCCCACCUGUCCACAGACCUGCUCAUGAAAUGCUCCCUCAACCCCGGCUGUGACGAGGAGCUAUACGAGUCCAUGGCGGCCUUGGUCCCAGCUGCCACCGAGGACCUGUAUGUUGAAAUGCUUCAGGCCAGUACAUCUAAUCCAAUCCCCAGGGAUGGUUUCUCUCGGACUACUAAGGACUCUAUGAUUCGCAAGUUUUUAGAAGAAUCUGCCAUAGGUGCACAUACACCCCCUCCUGAUCCUCCUCCCAGCUCCCUCCCCACCCCACCCCUCGGGGUUGACACAGGGCCCCUGUUUGAGUUUCCUGAGCCAGACAGCAAUUUCCCACCGGCUGCCUACUUUACAUGUGGCAAUGUGAGCGUCCGUGUUACUCUGUCCUACAUCUAG